CACAGAUGCUGUGCAGGAGAAGCCCUACGCAGGGAAGUUCAGAGUGCACCUGAUGAGACUCUUGUGUGUGAUAGAAAAGGCUGCUGGUGGACAGACUGUGUUCAAACUCACAAUCUCUGAGAAAGAGACCAUGUUUUAUUAUCGCACAGUAAAUGGUUUGCAGCCACCAAUAAAAGUAAUGACAUUGGGGAGAAUUCUUGUGAAGAAAUGGAUUCAUCUUAGUGUACAGGUGCACCACACCAGGAUCAGUUUCUUCAUAAAUGGUGUGGAAGAUGACAACACAGCUUUUGAUACAAGAAUACUUCAUGGACAAAUUGCUGACCCUGUUGUUGAUGGUGCAUUGCAAGUUGGGCAAAGCUUCAGUGGUUUAGAACAGUUUGUUGGAAGGAUGCAAGAUUUUCGAUGGUACCAAGUGGCACUUACAAACAGAUAUUGCAUCCCUAAUGGUGCAGAUGAUACAACCAAUGACAGAGUGCUGAGACUGAACCCAGAUGCCCAUCCUCUGCAUUAUAUCAAUGAUGAUGAUAUUGGGACCUCUUGGAUUUCUUCUGUAUUUACUAAUGUAACACAUCUGAACCGUGGUGUUAUCAUCACAAUAGAUUUACAAAAUGGACAAUAUCAGGUGUUUUAUAUCAUACUCCAGUUCUUUAACCCACAGCCUCAAGCAAUAAGAAUCCAAAGAAAAAGGAGAAAUGAUUUAAGCUGGGAAGAUUGGCAGUAUUUUGCUAGAAACUGCAGUAUUUUUGGCAUGGAUAACAAUGCAUCUCUAGAAAAACCUGACUCUGUCAACUGUCUCCAACUUCCUAGCUUUACUCCAUAUUCCCAUGGUAAUGUUACUUUCAGCAUUCUAACACCAGAACCAAAUCGUCGGCCUGGUUACAAUAACUUCUACAAUACUCCAUCUCUUCAAGAAUUUGUAAAAGCCACUCAAGUGAGAUUUCAUCUCCUUGGUCAGUAUUAUACAAGUGAGCCAAAUGUAAACUUCAGGCACAGAUACUAUGGAAUUAAUGAAAUUACAAUAAGUGGAAGAUGUGAUUGCCAUGGCCAUGCUGACCGUUGUGACACAAGUAGUGAGUCAUACAGAUGCCUGUGCUCCAAGGAGAGCAACACAGAAGGAGAUCAA